GGCCGUACCGGCAAGCAGUGCCGGGAGCGUUGGGCUCAUCACCUGCGUCCGUACAUUCGUACGGGGGACUGGACGGAGGAGGAGGACCGGAUCAUCAUCGCGGCGCAUAAGAGCCUAGGAAACAAGUGGCGCCAGAUCGCGAUGCUGCUGACGGGGCGUACGGAAACGGCUGUCAAGAACCAUUGGAAUAGUACCGUACGGCAGAAGCUG